CAGCGUAAUAUGACAGCAGUAUCCCGCUACUUCUCGUGCGUUCGUAUCGGUAGUGAAUGGCUGCUGUUUCGUUGCGUUUGAAUUUUAGUCGAAUAUCUUUAUGGAUUAUUUAACGACAUUGUCAGGAGCUUAGAGUGUAGAGUGUCAAAAUUUUAAUUUUUUUUUAUUGGAGUGCUUAAAAUGGGGUGAAUCCUGUGUAACAUACUUUGUGCAUUGCGUGUGAAUGAAUCCUGUGUAACAUACUUUGUGCAUUGCGUGUGAAUUUCUUUAAUCAUGUGUUUAUGAUUCCUGAGUUCUAUCAGUUACAUGUUGUGAUUUUAAACUAAUGUCCUGAAUAUGGAGGCUACAUUUUCUCCGAAAAUUCGGUUGAAUUUCAACGGACAAAAUGGGAUUACAUUUCUGAAGACAGAACGCUUCAUAAGCACCACUGAAGAAACUUUGGAGCAAUAAAAAGACCUACGCUGCAGGCAGUCCAUUAGCUAAAGGCCACAGUUCUCAGAAAUACUGAUGACAUUUAUUUUGGCGCUGGAAAAUUUCUGUAAUGAGGAAAAGCGGUCCAUAUAAAGGUACCGAGACUGCGCGGCGCGUCAAUAUUGAUCUCUUCGUUUCAAGUCGAUUUUGAAGAAGAAAAUAGUAAAUGGUACGUGCUCAUCAUGUCAGGACCCCUGAAGUGUAUAUUUUCAUUACAGAAGUGUUUGCAGACGUUUGCAACAUUACGGUGUUUAUUACCCAGUGUAUAUAUAAGUACACGUGAAUGUAAAUGGAGUGGUGUGAAUCUGUGUCCAGCCUUCAGAAUAGCAACAUUUCCUGGCCCAACACAUUCAUUUUCUACUGACAUUUCAAAGAAUGAUACGUGUGCUGUUCUUCAGUCUCAAGAUGAGAAAAAUAGUGAUAGUGAUGAAGAUAAUACUGCUCAGGAUGAGGAUAUUCUUGUUUCAGUUAUCACAAAAGGUAAACAACUCUCAUCUUCUGAAUGGGAAAAAAUUAAGGAUCAGGUUCUUGCCAAAAAUAGGGGCAUAAACGGUUCUAAUAUAGAUGCUAUAACAAUAGGACUUUGUGGAAGAUUCAUGCAGUUAGAUAUGGGGUUGUCUUACCUAGAACAUCUCUCUCUUUCUGGCAAGAAACUCAAUAUUGCAACCAUAGCACAGGUCAUGAGGAUGUGUUAUUCAUGUAGACUGAAAGGCAUUGACGAACAGUUCAUACUUUCUAUGUAUGAAAAUCUUCACUCCAGAUGUCCUGUGCUAGAUGGAUACACAGCAGAAAGUGCAAUUCUUGGUCUGUGUUUAACAAGACACUGGAAGGUGGGGCUGGAUCUUCUGGAUAUGGCUAAAUUGACAUGUAUUCCUGGAGGCAUGGAGUACAAUGUUUUGGUUAAGACUGCUUAUGAUAACAAUGAACCAAAUAUAAGUCUCCGCCUGAUCAAUGAAAUGUUACAACUGGGAAGGAGCAUAAGACCAGAAGUGUUUCAUGCUCAGCUGGAUUAUUGCAACAGAAUGUCGGCAGGUGAGAAAGUUGAGAGGUGGAAAAUGGUGGAAGAGAUCCUCAGCAUGUUUGUUGAGCAUGACUUGAAACCAACAGUGGAUGUAGCUGAACGGAUAAGGGUGUGGUAUCUGGAGGCUGCAGAUCCUCACACAGAGGUGCAAGCUCAGCUCUCAUCAGUGACAGAUGGGGGCAUCUGUAAAUCAUGCCAAAAGUACUUAAAUCCCAUCACUAUAACAAAGGAAGAAUUUGGAGCAUUACAGUCUGCUUUCAUGGACAAGGUUGUAGUUGGUGCAGACAUAUUUCGCAAGAGUACACCUGAAGAAAUAAAAGAAUUCAAGAAUUUUGUGAAAAUGACUGCUCCAUAUGACAUGGUAAUUGAUGGAUUAAAUAUUGCAUUCACAGCUGGACCUAAGAAGGCACUGUCAUCUCAGGCCCUUGCAAGAACAUUACAUCAUGUUGUAAAAUAUUUUGUAAUGAAAUCAAAGAAAGUCCUUAUACUGGGGAGGAAGCACAUGCAGACCUGGUCGCCAUGCUACAUGGAUUACAUCUAUAGAAAUGCACAUGUAUUCCUGGCUGAUAAUCUGUCACAGGAUGACCCUUUACUGCUGUAUGCUGCUCUGUACAGUGGCAUGGGGACAAAGUUCCUGUCCAGAGACCUCAUGCGAGGGCAUGCAUAUCGUCUUGAGAAUAAGAGUCUUAGAUCAACAUUUAAACUAUGGCAGCUACAGCAUCAGUGUCAGCUUAAAUAUGUGACUCAAGCUGGGAAAGUGCACCUCAAGUUUCCUUUGACAUUCAAUCCAAUGGCUCAGGUGAGCAGAGAUGGAUCAUGGCAUAUUCCUUAUGAAAUGGAGUUUGUUGGAUCCCCAUCACAGUCAUUUGAAGCCCCUACUACAUGGCUUUGUCUUAGAUCAGGUAAAUCGAGCCCCUCCUUAAGUCAGGUGAGGCACAAGAAAAUUAGCAGAAUGUCAUAGGAUUUGCUGCUAAUGUUCUCACAUCACACAUUCCAGAUGGAUUGUCCUAACCCUUUCCAGUCCAUCUGUACAAGUAAAAAUUAUUUUAAGGCAAAAAGUACAGAAAAAACAGCUACACAUUUAUACAUGUUUUGCUAAUGUUUACUUACUAACUUGUAAGAUGGUAGUAAAUUUUGAAACUUAUUUCAUACUUUUCUGCAAGUGUUACCAACAUUCAUCGUAUCUAUGCACGUUUGGUGUGUGAUAUUUCUUGAAGCAUUCCCCUGGAUGAAGUCCAGGUUUGCAGCUGCAGGACUCACAGUUCAGUGCACUUUCCUAUCACAACACACAGCACAGUCUUUCUUUUCCCCCCCAGAUCAAAUUGAUAUACGUAAUGUUGCUCAUGGUUCAGGCAUUUCUUAUCAUCACUACAAGAAGGUGACCCUCACUUUCUGGCACUUUAGUUCCUAACAUCACCAACCAACGGUCCCAUUAAAUUCCUCCUGAACUUGAGAUGAAUCAGGGACUUCAAAUUUUCUUACCUUUUGUUACAGUUCAUUGAAACAAAAGAAUUCAGAGUUGAUGUCUUCAACAAUCACUGCUUCACUCAUCUGUCUUCUGUCAAUCCUUUCUUCUCUUUGUACAUCCACGUUGUGGUAGUGCUAAACAUCGGGACACCACUUUUAUCUUUUCACAGUAAGGCUGUCAUAAAGGUAAAGCUUUCCCUGUAACAGGUCAUGGAGAUCCAUAGGAUUGUGAGACAUC